AUGAAGACAGGAGAGCCUCAGGAUGCUGACUCGCGGCUGGCCGAACGCAGGGGCAUCUUCUUGUCAGGCUAUGCAGGUGCUGGUAGUGGGAACACCAGCUGCCUGGUUGGGUUGUUACCACAAUACAAAGGCUCUGGCUGGUUCAGGACACCCCUGCCCUCCAGCCUGGGCUUCCAACUCUUUCAAGAUGACCAGGUCUCCUCAGCCAACACUUCUCAGCCACUCCCAAACACAAUGGAUACUCAUGACCUGUCCUGGGCCAACUGGAUGUGCCCCUUGCCUCUGGCACCAGCUAAAUCUUCCUUGCUGGCAUGGCCACAAGGCUCAGACCUAUACCCUUACACCCUGCAGAAGACAUUCCUGGGUCUCAGAGAGGAUGCCUCAAACAUUAAGCUCCAGCCACCAGGCCUGCACAAAGACUCUAUGGACAGCGAGGAACUCACAACCAAGGACUCAACAAACAGAGACGAGAUGGGGAACCAACUAAAAAGAGGCUCCUGCCUCUUCCUCCCUCCUCACACCUCAUCCCUGGACUUCAGGAUGAACAGAAAGAGCCCCAGUUCCUCGACCUUCUGGCCCUGGCUUCUUCCCACUGUCAUCUCCAGGGAACUCCCUAUCCACACCUACCCAGUCUUCCCUGGGUACCCAUAUCUCCUGCCUCCCCCUUACCUAUUCACUUACGCGGCCCUACCUUCUGUCCAAUGUCCGAACCUCUUCACGAUGCCCCCAGACCACUCAUACCCCACUGUGGCUGCAUCCAGCUUGCUUACGACAGACAAUGGAACUGGGCCCCAUAUCACCCAGGAGAAGCCCCUGCUUCUCUACUCGGGGUCUUUCCAGAGUGCUGGACAUAACCUAUAUCCCAAGGUUAGAAGUCAGAGCUCUAGAGAUGACUCAACCUUCUCCCUAGGACAGGCUGGUGUGGCAGCUCCUGCAAAACAGCCAGGCUCCCAGGCCGGUAUUGUCACCCUGCCCUAUCCUCUGAAGAAAAAGAAUGGUAAAAUCCUAUACGAGUGCAAUGAGUGUGGCAAGAACUUUGGGCAGCUCUCCAAUCUCAAGCUUCUAGAAUCAAGUCUUGACAUCUGGAAGCCACUCCUGGGAACCUCCUAG